AUUUCUCUUGGAUUUGGCUGCAACUUUAUAGAUCUUCUGCACUGUGUACAGGCACAGUUGCUGAUAUGUGUUCAAGAUGAGUGGGAUGGGAGAAAAUACCUCUGACCCAUCCAGGGCAGAGACAAGAAAGCGUAAGGAAUGUCCUGACCAGCUUGGACCCAGCCCCAAGAGGAGCACUGAGAAACGUAAUCGUGAACAGGAAAAUAAAUAUAUUGAAGAACUUGCAGAGCUGAUUUUUGCUAAUUUUAACGAUAUAGACAACUUUAACUUCAAACCUGACAAAUGUGCAAUCUUAAAAGAAACUGUGAAGCAAAUUCGUCAGAUCAAAGAACAAGAGAAAGCAGCAGCCGCCAACAUAGAUGAAGUGCAGAAGUCAGACGUGUCAUCUACCGGGCAGGGUGUCAUCGACAAGGAUGCACUAGGGCCUAUGAUGCUUGAGGCCCUUGAUGGGUUCUUCUUUGUAGUGAACCUGGAAGGCAACGUUGUGUUUGUUUCAGAGAAUGUGACACAGUACCUAAGGUAUAACCAGGAAGAGCUGAUGAACAAAAGCGUAUAUAGCAUCCUGCAUGUUGGGGACCACACUGAAUUCGUCAAAAACCUGCUGCCAAAGUCCAUAGUGAACGGGGGAGCUUGGUCUGGCGAACCUCCCAGGCGGAACAGCCAUACUUUCAAUUGUCGGAUGCUGGUAAAACCUUUACCUGAUUCAGAAGAGGAAGGUCAUGAAAACCAGGAAGCACAUCAGAAAUAUGAAACUAUGCAGUGCUUUGCUGUCUCUCAACCAAAGUCCAUCAAAGAAGAAGGAGAAGAUUUGCAGUCCUGCUUGAUUUGUGUGGCUAGAAGAGUCCCCAUGAAGGAGAGACCAGUUCUUCCCUCAUCAGAAAGUUUCACUACUCGCCAGGAUCUCCAAGGCAAGAUCACGUCCCUGGACACUAGCACCAUGCGGGCAGCCAUGAAGCCAGGCUGGGAGGACCUGGUGAGGAGGUGCAUCCAGAAGUUCCACGCGCAGCACGAAGGGGAGUCUGUGUCUUAUGCUAAGAGGCAUCACCAUGAAGUGCUGAGACAGGGAUUGGCAUUCAGUCAGAUCUAUCGUUUUUCCUUGUCCGACGGCACUCUUGUGGCUGCACAAACGAAGAGCAAGCUCAUCCGUUCUCAGACUACUAACGAACCUCAGCUUGUGAUAUCUUUACAUAUGCUGCACAGAGAGCAGAAUUUGUGUGUAAUGAACCCGGAUCUGACUGGACAAGCGAUGGGGAAGCCAUUGAAUCCAAUUAGCUCUAGCAGCCCUGCCCAUCAGGCCAUGUGCAGUGGGAACCCAGGUCAGGACAUGACCCUAAGUAGCAAUAUAAAUUUCCCCAUGAACGGCCCAAAGGAACAAAUGGGCAUGCCCAUGGGCAGGUUUGGUGGUUCCGGGGGAAUGAACCACGUGUCGAGCAUGCAGGCAACCACUCCUCAGGGUAGUAACUAUGCACUCAAAAUGAACAGCCCCUCACAAAGCAGCCCGGGCCUGAAUCCAGGACAGCCCAGCUCCAUGCUCUCACCGAGGCAUCGCAUGAGCCCUGGGGUGGCCGGAAGCCCUCGAAUCCCUCCCAGUCAGUUUUCCCCCGCAGGAAGCUUGCAUUCCCCCGUGGGAGUUUGCAGCAGCACAGGAAAUAGCCAUAGCUACACCAACAGUUCCCUCAACGCGCUGCAGGCCCUCAGCGAGGGGCACGGGGUCUCACUGGGGUCGUCGCUGGCUUCACCGGACCUCAAAAUGGGCAACUUGCAAAACUCCCCGGUGAAUAUGAAUCCUCCCCCGCUCAGCAAGAUGGGAAGCUUAGACUCCAAAGACUGUUUCGGACUUUACGGGGAGCCCUCGGAAGGUCCAGCCGGGCCAGCAGAGAGCAGCUGCCACCCGGGGGAGCAGAAGGAUGCCAGCGAGGCCGGCCUGCCCCAGGCCGGGAGCGGCGAGAGGCCUGACGGGCAGGGCAGACUGCAUGACGGCAAGGGGCAGACCAAACUCCUGCAGCUGCUAACCACCAAAUCCGACCAGAUGGAGCCUUCGCCCUUGCCUGGCGCUCUGUCGGACACCAACAAGGACUCCACAGGCAGCUUGCCUGGCUCUGGGUCGACGCACGGAACCUCGCUCAAGGAGAAGCAUAAGAUUUUGCACAGACUCCUGCAGGACAGCAGUUCCCCCGUGGACUUGGCGAAGCUCACAGCGGAAGCCACGGGCAAAGAGCUGAACCAGGAGGCCAGCAGCACAGCUCCUGGGUCUGAGAUGACUGUUAAGCAGGAGCCAGUGAGCCCCAAGAAGAAAGAGAAUGCACUGCUUCGCUACCUGCUCGAUAAGGAUGAUACUAAAGAUAUCGGUUUACCAGAAAUCACCCCCAAACUGGAGCGACUGGACAGUAAGACAGACCCUGCCAGUAACACGAAAUUAAUCACUAUGAAAACUGAGAAGGAGGAGAUGCGCUUUGAGCCCAGUGACCAGCCUGGCAGUGAGCUGGACAACUUGGAGGAGAUUUUGGAUGAUUUGCAGAAUAGUCAAUUACCACAGCUUUUCCCAGACACGAGGCCCGGCGCCCCUGCUGGAUCGGUUGACAAGCAAGCCAUCAUCAAUGACCUCAUGCAACUCACAGCCGAGAGCAGCCCUGUUACACCUGUUGGAGCCCAGAAAACAGCAUUGCGAAUUUCACAGAGCACUUUUAAUAACCCACGACCAGGGCAACUGGGCAGGUUAUUGCCAAACCAGAAUUUACCACUUGACAUCACAUUGCAAAGCCCAACUGGUGCUGGACCUUUCCCACCAAUCAGAAACAAUAGUCCCUACUCAGUGAUACCUCAGCCAGGAAUGAUGGGUAAUCAAGGGAUGAUAGGAAACCAAGGAAAUUUAGGGAACAGUAGCACAGGCAUGAUUGGUAGUAAUGCUGCCCGGCCCACCCUGCCAUCUGGGGAAUGGGCACCUCCGAGUUCCGCUGUGAGAGUCACCUGUGCUGCUACCACCAGUGCCAUGAACCGGCCGAUCCAAGGAGGUAUGAUUCGGAACCCAACAGCCAGCAUCCCCAUGAGACCCAACAGCCAGCCUGGCCAAAGACAGAUGCUUCAGCCUCAGGUCAUGAAUAUAGGGCCAUCUGAAUUAGAGAUGAACAUAGGGGGACCUCAGUAUAGCCAACAACAAGCGCCUCCAAAUCAGACCGCUCCCUGGCCUGAAAGCAUCCUGCCGAUAGAACAGGCACCGUUUGCCAGCCAGAACAGGCAGCCGUUUGGCAACUCUCCAGAUGACUUGCUGUGUCCACACCCUGCAGCGGAGUCUCCGAGUGACGAAGGCGCUCUCCUGGACCAGCUGUACUUGGCCUUGCGGAACUUUGAUGGCCUGGAGGAGAUUGACAGAGCUCUGGGGAUACCCGAGCUGGUCAGCCAGAGCCAAGCCGUGGAUCCAGAGCAGUUCCCAAGUCAGGAUUCCAACAUCCUUCUGGAGCAGAAGGCCCCUGUGUUCCCACAGCAGUAUGCAUCUCAGGCACAAAUGGCCCAAGGCAGCUACACUGCCAUGCAGGAUCCAAGCUUCCACACCAUGGGGCAGCGGCCGAGCUACGCCACGCUCCGUGUGCAGCCCAGACCCGGCCUCAGGCCCACGGGCCUGGCGCAGACCCAGCCCAACCAGCUGAGGCUUCAGCUGCAGCAUCGCCUCCAAGCACAGCAGAAUCGCCAGCCACUCAUGAAUCAGAUCAGCAAUGUUUCAAACGUGAACCUGACUCUGAGGCCUGGAGUACCCACACAGGCACCUAUUAACGCACAGAUGCUGGCCCAGAGACAGAGGGAAAUCCUGAACCAGCAUCUUCGACAGAGACAAAUGCAUCAGCAGCAGCAAGUUCAGCAGCGAGCUCUGAUGAUGAGAGGACAGGGGCUGAACAUGACGCCCAGCGUGGUGGCUCCUAGUGGUGUGCCGGCAACUAUGAGCAGCCCCCGGGUCCCCCAGGCAAACGCACAGCAGUUUCCCUUCCCUCCGAGCUACGGAAUAAGUCAGCAGCCUGAUCCAGGCUUUGCUGGGGCCACCGCACCCCAAAGCCCUCUGAUGUCGCCCCGGCUAGCACACACGCAGAGCCCCAUGCUGCAGCAGUCCCAGACGAACCCAGCCUACCAGGCCUCCUCGGACAUGAACGGUUGGGCGCAGGGGAGCAUGGGCGCAAACAGCAUGUUUUCGCAGCAGUCCCCUCCACACUUUGGACAGCAAGCAAACACCAGCAUGUACAAUAACAAUAUGAACAUCAAUGUAUCCAUGGCGACCAACACAGGUGGGAUGAGCAACAUGAACCAGAUGACCGGACAGAUCAGCAUGACCUCAGUGACCUCCGUGCCUACGUCAGGGCUGUCCUCCAUGGGUCCCGAGCAGGUUAACGAUCCUGCUCUCAGAGGAGGCAGCCUUUUCCCAAGCCAGCUGCCUGGAAUGGAUAUGAUUAAGCAGGAGGGAGACGCACCACGGAAAUACUGCUGACACUGAAGGUAGCUGGUUGCUUCUUUCUUCAGCUGACUGGGCUCACUUGCUCAAGAUGCUUACCAGUCUGGAGAGCUGCGUCUAUUUGUUUUGACCCAACCGACCUGCCA